AUGUAUAGUGCACAAUUAUAUGAUAAAAUACAAUGGAUAACUAGUUAUAUUCUUCAAACUUAUAAUGUUCCUGAAACUUACAAGAAUAAAUCUUCAUUAAAAAGAAUGGAAAAUUCUGAAAAAAAAUCGCGUAUUUAUGAUUCUCAAAAUGCUUUAAAAGAAUCAAAUUUACCCAAUAGACAACAACAAAAAGAUAUCCUUGAAUUUGAAAAAGAGAGAAAUAAGAUUCUAAAGGAAAGGUUAUCUUUAAAGAAAAAGUUAUUAGAAUUAGGAGGAAAUUAA